UAUUCCGAUUUAAUACAGUUCUUUGACACCAAAGUAAUGAUAGUGUUGCACUGAUAAUCAUACUGAGUAGCCGUUUCAUUUUUAGAUUAAAAUAAAUUUAUAGUCAUUUAAAAUCCAGGGGAAAUCUGCCUGGGUAGCAGGAGUAUAAAACUAGCAAGCUUAAUUGUGCUAAAGAGACAGUUUAUUUUAUAGUUUAAAUUUGUGUUUUUAAAGGAGAUUAAUCCUCAGGCACUUCGUUAGUAUUAAUGUUUAUGUUAUGAUAAAUCACUUGGUUGCUGGAGCACUCCUGGCGAGAACUAAUUUCUGUCUACUCAAACCUUAAAAUGCUACGGCUAAUAGCUCUGUUUACGUUAGCCUCAUUAGCUAACAACAUUAAUUUGCAAUAUACGUAGAAUUACUGAUAGCAGUAAAGACUUAUCGCCAGUAAAUAUUAUUUAUUUAGACUUCUUCAUUAACAAAUAUAGUGUACAAUUAUCAAACAGCACUGCUUAAACACACAUGAAAUGUGCCAUGCUAACAAGACUAAAAGUAACUUCACACAAUAGUAACGCAUUAACGUUAUAUCGUCCCCAGGGCUGCAAAAGAGGGCUCCCGCAGCUCCAUCUCCCGACCUGGCGCCCCCGGUCGCUGCCUCUGGAAAGUUUUUGUCUGUCCUCUGUCCGUAGACAACUUGCUAUGAUAAAUCGUGGGCGUCUGCAGAAAAGGUGCACAGGGAACACCAGCCGGAAUAUAGGAUGCCUCAGAGAUAGACAAGCCUAAUGACGCAACGGGUUUACUCAAUACAGCUUGAAAUUGUAAGGGACAGGAUAAUACUUGCAGGGUUUCCCACGUUUCCCAUGACCAAAAGCAGACCGAGGACUCGGGAACUGACAGAUAUAACGUGACAGGCACACGGACCCGCUUCCGAGUUGUUUAAAUAAUCUUCUCCGGACAGCAUGGACUUAAAAACUUCUAUGAUGACAUACAUUUUAUUACUUUUUCUGUCUUGUGUUUUAAGUGCACGGACGCGCAUAUUAGUCGCUGGGCAUGAAACAGUCAUCUCCAGUGAGCCUUACAGGCAGAGUCGGAAAGUUCUUACUACAACGGGCAAAGAAUGUAAAUUCCCAUUUCGUCAGGGUGGAAGGAUUCAUCAUCACUGCAUCACCUUCCUCUUCUCAAGACCAUGGUGCUCCCUCACGCAUAAUUUUGAUCGGGACCGUAAAAUCGGCUUCUGUGCACCAGAUAAAAUUCAUCCAAAUGUUUUUGUCCACACAUCACGCCGAGUCACAGAUCCAUGUCAGGCCAGUCCAUGUCAGAACGGAGGCGUCUGCACUCCGAUACCACAGCAACACUCGUUUGAGUGCGCCUGUCCUGAGAGCUUCACUGGGAGACUCUGUGAGCAGAAAAAGUGCUAUGAAACCACACACCUGCGCUAUUAUGACACCGGAGAGUCUUGGGGACGAAUCCACCUCCGUAAUGUGGAACAGUGCACAUGUGUGGCAGGGGAAAUCAAGUGUGAAAGAGUCCAGUACACAAUGUGCCAGUCAAACCCUUGUCACAAUGACGGGACGUGUCGACUCAUCACAGCCACUGGAAAGGAGGUGUGUAACUGCAGACGUGGCUACAGCGGGCCGUACUGCAGCUUAGAGCCGGAAACAGAAUGUUACAACAGCAGGGGCACAGGUUACCGAGGGGUGGUGGGCACUACGGUGUCAGGCGCCCGGUGUCUGUCGUGGAACUCAGACCUGCUGUAUGACGAGCUCCAUGUGGGCACAGUGGUUGCCUCACCCCUCAGGGGCCUCGGGGAUCAUGCCUACUGCAGAAACCCAGAUGGGGACAAGAUGCCGUGGUGCUACACGCUAAAUGACAGCGCCAUCUCCUGGGAGUACUGUGCUGUCCCUUCCUGUAGGAUGCCUUUGUCUUCUUCUCGAAGGACUGUCCAAUUUAAUGUCUUGCCCGACAUUGAAAAACCCAAACUCCCCAAGCAAGACAAAAAGCCUGUGUGUGGGAGAAGGCACAAGAAGAGGUUAUCGAUGGCCCGGGGGCGGAUAAUGGGUGGAAACUCAGCUCUGCCGGGUACUCAUCCCUGGAUGGCAGCCAUUUACAUCGGACAGUCAGACUUCUGUGCCGGCACCCUGGUCUCCUCUUGUUGGAUCGUCUCUGCGGCUCAUUGCUUUUUCCGCAACCCACUGAAGUCUCAGCUUCGUGUGGUGCUCGGCCAGCAGCAUUUCAACAUCACUGGUCCCAACACCAGGACGUUCGGAGUGGAGACGUACAUCUUUUCAAAACAGUUCUCAGUGUUUAAUCCAACUCUACAUGACAUUGUUCUGAUCAAGUUGAAGAAGCAGGACGGGCGGUGUGUGAGGAGAACCCCGUUCAUCAGACCCAUCUGUCUCCCAGACAAAGGCAUGACGUUCCCCGAUGAGUACUGCUGUACUAUUAGCGGCUGGGGACACAGGCAUGAGAAGGCACAGGGUUACUCCAGUCUGCAGGAGGCUGGAGUGAGGCUGAUUCCUCAGGACACCUGUAGGAAGCCAGAGGUUUAUGGUAACCACGUCACUGCUGACAUGCUUUGCGCUGGGCUUAACGGCUGUGCCGACGCCUGCCAGGGCGACUCUGGGGGCCCCCUGGCUUGUGCGAGGAAUGAUGUCAGCUUCCUGUAUGGAAUCAUCAGCUGGGGAGAGGGCUGCGGCCGCUCUGGAAAACCUGGUGUUUACACUAAAGUGGUGAACUACAUCGACUGGAUCAAUUCAGUAAUCAGAAAACCAAAUAAUAAUUCAUGAAUGGACAUUGAAUGGACUUUAUGUGAAAUAUUGUAUUGUACUGUAUUUGUUUUUAUUUGUAAUGCUUGUGGAAGUUUAUAGGUUAUAUAUUUUUUAACUGUGAAACAUUUUGUGAGAGAAUAAACCUUCACUGACUUGAUGAA